AUGGCGAAAGCGAAACCGCACUUGAUCUUCGCAUACGGAACGUUGAAACGAGGAUUCCCCAACCACGGUUUAAUGGAAGAUCUAAAAACAAAAGACGACGCCGUUUUUAUGGAUACAUGCUUUACGGAGAAUCCGUAUCCUCUAGUGAUCGGACCCCAUGGGAUACCGUAUCUGAUCAACUUACCCGGAUCAGGUCAACGGGUGAAAGGAGAAGUUUACGCUGUAUCGGAUGAAGCCGUGAUUCGGCUGGAUGAAUUCGAAGGUGUGAGAAAUGGGUUUUAUGAGAGGAUUCCGGUGGUGGUUGUAACUGAGGGAGGGGAGAAAGUGGAGGCAGAGGGGUAUUUUGGGCAUAGAAGUUUUGGAGAGAAGCUGUGGAAGAUGAAGGGUGAGAUUGGGUUGAUGGAAUAUGGGGUGGAUGAUGCGAAGGAAUAUGUGAGGAAAGAGGAUAGACCUGGUUGCAAAAACAGUAUUCUUGAUUUUGUAAUUCCUUAG